AUGCUAUCUAACGAAAAUAAACAGCAGCUUUUGGACAUUAUGAGUCUGUCUUUAUAUUUUGAAGACGGUCAUGAUGAUUUGGAUGACUUUGGAUUCGAUGACUAUGGUUCAGAGUGUGAAGGGAUUCGGAUAACAGUCCUGGAUGCAGGCCAGGAUAAUCUCACCCCUCUGGGCCGGCUGGAGAAAUAUGCUUUCAGUGAAAACGUCUUCAACAGGCAAAUUGUGGCUCGUGGAUUGCUGGAUGUGCUCCGGGAGUUCAGCGCUAAUGAAAAUGACUUCAUCAGUGUCAUGGAAACGGUUGCCAGGAUGUCUGAGGAUGGAGAACUGACAGUGCGAGCAGAGCUAAUGGAACAGGUGCCAAACAUUGCCAUGUUCCUCCAUGAAAAUCGGCCCAAUUUCCCAGAAGCUUUCUCACGGUACCUGGUUCCCAUUGUGGUCCGCUAUCUCACAGAUCCUAACAAUCAGGUGCGAAAGACGAGCCAGGCUGCUUUGCUGAUACUACUUGAACAGGGUUUGAUGAGUAAACCAGAUAUGGAGGGAAAGGUCUGCCCUGUGCUUCUGGAGCUCACUGAACCCAGCAGUGAAGAUGACCUGAAGGUCGAGGCUGUUGCGAUCAUGUGCAAGCUGGUGACCAUGUUGACUAAAGACACAGUGGAACAUCUUUUACUGCUGCGCUUUUGUGAUCUGUGCAGUGACACCAGACUAUUUCAGAUCCGCAAGGUCUGUGCAGCAAACUUCGGUGAGUUUUGUUCUAUUGUGGGCCAGGAAGCCACAGAGAAACUAUUGAUGCCAAAGUUUUUUGACCUUUGCUCAGACAGUCUGUGGGGUAUUCGGAAGGCCUGUGCAGAUUGUUUCAUGGUUGUUUCAAACUGCACUUCUGCAGAGGUGCGACGCACGAAAUUGUCCCCCUUGUUCAUCAACCUCAUUAGUGAUCAGUCACGCUGGGUACGCCAGGCUGCAUUUCAUUCUCUGGGUCGUUUCAUUUCAACAUUUGCCAACCCUUCCAUCACAGGAUUACAUUUCUGUGAGGAUGGGACACUCCGUGAGAUACCGAAAACCUUCUCAGAGAGUCAUGGAAUGGAAGUGACCAACAGCAACUCCAGUAACAGCCGCAACGCCUCCAUCAUCGGUUCUCCAAACACUCUCAUUCAACCCCGUUCAGAAUCGCUUCAGUUCAUUUCAGACACAAAUAUUUCACCGUCACAUCCUCCAGAAGCCCAAUCUCAAGAAAACACCACCAGCCGGAGCCUGCAUGAACGCUCGGCCCCUUUAUCCCACCAGCAACUGGACGACAACACAAUGUUCAACUCCUUCAACUUCUGGAGACCUCAGCUACCUGACAUCACCCAAGACCUGCAGCUGCUACAAGGACAGGAAAGAGAUGCGAUAAUCGUGAAAAAAGAUCAGACCACGAGGGAAGCGGAAGCUGUGGGGAAAGAAAUCGCACCAAGUUUGGACGCACAAGGCCCAGCCACCAGCUCGCAGAUCCAGAAGGUUCUGGACUGUCUUCAACCUCAUCUAGAUGAUCCAGACGUGCAAGCUCAAGUGAAGGUGUUGUCAGCUGCUUUGAAGGCUGCUCAGCUGGAGAGUCAGACUGAAGACGCUGAUGAUUCUAUGUCAGAGAGUAAUGGCUCCACGGGCUCCCCGACGUCGGAGGAGCUCAGUGCCAUGAGUGAACUCUCGCUGACAGACGCUCAGAUCUCAGACUCGCCCUCCACUUCACCUGUGCUGGUCGACGACUCUGAACACAGCAGCGAGGAGUCAGACCUAAUAGAACAUGUGGAGGAAGACAAAGACUCAGACGCAGUUAAAGCAUGUGAAGAGGAGAAGUCUAAAGUCCAGAAUGUAAUUCCUCAGCAGUUGCUGGAUCAGUAUCUGUCCAUGACAGACCCCGCUCGAGCUCAGACCGUGGACACUGAGAUUGCCAAACACUGUGCAUUCAGCCUGCCCGGCGUCGCCCUCACACUGGGAAGACAGAACUGGCACUGCCUCAAAGACACUUACGAAACACUCGCAUCAGACGUACAGUGGAAGGUGAGACGGACGCUUGCGUUCUCCAUCCACGAGCUGGCAGUGAUUCUGGGUGAUCAGCUCACUGCAGCUGACCUGGUGCCCAUAUUUAAUGGUUUCCUCAAAGACCUCGAUGAGGUGCGGAUAGGAGUCCUCAAACACCUGUAUGAUUUCUUAAAGCUUCUUCAUGCUGAGAAGCGGCGGGAGUAUCUUUAUCAGCUGCAGGAGUUCAUGGUGACUGACAACAGCCGAAACUGGAGAUUUCGCUAUGAACUAGCAGAACAGCUCAUCCUGAUCAUUGAGUUGUACAGCCACAACGACGUCUAUGACUACCUCAGACAGAUCGCACUUAACCUUUGCUCUGACAAAGUGUCUGAAGUGCGGUGGAUCUCCUACAAACUGGUGGUGGAGAUCCUGCAGAAGUUGUAUUCCUGUGAAGCUCAUGACUUGGGACUCAAUUUCAUUAACGAGCUCAUUAUGAGGUUCUGCCACAGUCCCAAAUGGGUCGGACGUCAGGCGUUUGCUUUCAUUUGCCAGGCAGUAGUGGAGGAGGACUGUAUGCCCAUGGACCAGUUUGCCCAGCACCUUCUGCCCAGUCUUCUGAGCCUCUCAACAGAUCCUGUGCCCAACGUCCGUGUGCUGGUGGCCAAGGCUUUACAGCAGAGCGUGUUGGAAAAAUCGUAUUUCAAGGACCCAGACAGCGCUUACUCGGAUGAGCUGGAGAAGACUCUGUCAGUACUCCGCAAUGAUGAAGACAGGGACGUGCGCUUCUUCGCCUCACUAGAUCCCAACAGAAACGUUAUGGACACCACAGCGUUGAUCUAGCACCUUGUACAAUCCGCACAUGUGAACAAGCACCAGCAGGAACAACACUAAACGGAUUCACAGACAAGCGUUUACAAAUAGGAACUACUGACCAAGACCUGCGCACUCACACACACCGUUUCCUAACACAAUCCACAUAAUUAGUAUAUGCAUAUAUUAUGCGUUGUUUUGAUUUAUACACAGAGUGGGCCUCAUUCAUGAAGCUAUCUAUGGAACUUAAACCAAUGAGAUGAUGCAGAUUUACUUCCCAUUGUGGUUUUUAUCCAGCUAGUUGAUUAAAUCAUGAGAUAUUGCAUUGUCAAGCAAUUGAAAAUGAAGCAAACUUUUUCAUAUGUGAGGCCCACGCAAACUCUCACUUAUACAACAACCAUUUCACCUCUCUGAAUGGUGCAAGGUUUCAUUUGCACCUUCGUGGCAGCGUAAGUAUGUGGAUUGUGUCAUUUCUCCUCAUCAAACCGUUCUGAUGCGACCAGCUGCCCCUCCAAAGCAAACUGUACAUUUUUUUUUCCUUGUGGAUUUCUUAAAGCUAAAGGACUAAGAAGACAAGCAGACUGACACAGUGAAGUGCUACUAACUCAGGGAGACCUGAAUUGUUUUUGUUUUUAAGCUGCAAUGGCGUAAAGUGGUGUCGAGCUGAGCCCAAGUGAUGCCUCAGAAAUGUUGCUGCGUUCACCAACCUCCUGUUUACCCAACCCUCAGGAUGCACACAGACCGCGGUGGAAAAUGAGCAGCUCAGGAGCCCAAAAAAACCCUCCCUAUCCUUUUUGUAGCUCGUCCUCGUCUUCCCUGAUUGGUGGAGAGCGGUUUUAUUCCUCGCCGUUUUAUCAAUAAAAGGGGCCAGUAUUUUAGAGGGAUGUGAGGUGUUAAACCAGUGCUUUCCAAGCAAACUUUAGAACCACUAGAUAAAAAUAUUUAUCAGACAUGUCAGGCCUUAAAGGAGCACUCCACAUUUGUUUUGGAAAUAGGCUCAUUUUACAAGUCACCUUGAUUUGAACCGUUUACUGUUUUUGAUUGCAUUUAGCAAAUCUGGGUCUGGUGCGUGCACUUUUAGCUUAGCUUAGCAUAAUUCAUUCAAUCGGAUUAGACCAUUAGCAUUACGCUCAAAAAAAAUUUAAAAUCUGUUCAAAGCUUGACUGUUAUAUAGGCAAAUCGUGUGUUAAGGUCAUAAGAGAAUGAAAAGUUGAUAUGGUUAUAGGAACUAUACUCUCAUUCUGACCUAAUAAUGAAAUGACUUUGCUGUGGUACCACGGCUGCAGCAGGUGCAAUGAUGAUAGUGCCUGAAAAUAGUCCCCAGCUAGGGAACAUUGCUGCGUAAUAUCAUUGCACCUGCUCCAGCCAUGAUACGACAGCAAAGUUCCUUGAUUAUUAGGUCAGAAUGAGAGUAUAGUUCCUAUAACCAUAUCAACCUAGAUAAUAGCAACUUUUCAUUCUCCGUCAAUCUUCGUAAUGAUGAAACUACUGAAAAGUCAAGCUUUAAAUAGGAAAAUUAUCCAAACUCUGAUUUUUGAGCAAUGCUAAUGGUCUAAUCUGAUUCAAUGAUGUAUGCUAAGCUAAGCUAAACUAAAAGUGCUACUGCAAGACCCACAUCGUGGCUGAAUGGAUUCAAAAAUAGUAAAACUCACAUCUGUUUAACUUUAAAGGAGAAUGGCGUGUUCCUUUAAGAGUACAAUAAUGACACUUGAUUUGUCAAUUGUGAUCUCGACCUGCAGAUGGCGCUGACGGGUUGUCUAAAGUAAGCACACUGUUAAGUCAGAUUUGCACUAGUUAAAUCAAAGCACGCCAUAAUUCCUCUUAUUCCGACAGAUUUGCUUUUAAAUAAAUAAGCUAUUGCGCUCUUUAAGUCGGACUAUCCGUUUUAAUUAAGCAUGGCGGUGCUGCUCUUGGCAUCGGUUAACUCUCUAUUAGAUGCUGAUUGGUUAUCGGCAUGCCUGUUUUCAUUGCUUAUGUAUUUUAAUUACGGGACCGGACUUCCAUCAGCAUACAAGGGCAAACUUUGCCAAGAGCACUUUACUGUUCAUUUCAAUGGAAAGAGAAUGACAGGUCCUUUUAUACAUAUAUAUAAUAAUAGUAAUAAUAAAUCUGUUGGAUCGUGAAUUUUUAACAAGGCGACUUUCUUGACCAAACUCAAGUGGUGCUCAGAUCCGGUGCGUUUAUUCUCACAGAUGUGUGUGUAUAUGGAUUAUGUGUAUGGAAUGUGUAAAUGGAAUUGUUUUUAAGAAGAUAUAUUAGGUUUAGUCUAGUUCUGAAAUGCAGCCUGUGAUCAAAUCGCUGAUAUGAUUUUAUUGAUGAUAUCGGCAGGAUUCAAGGCCAGUUUUGUUUCUUUCCCUGUGGCGAAGAUUGAUUUGAGGUUGUAUGAAGGGGGAUGUUGUUUUCCUCGUGUUCUCAUGCGUGUUUGUGUGUCUUUUUUUGUUUGUCUGUUUGUUUCCCCUUUUAUUGACCGUGUUAAUAGUAGAUUUAUAUUUUGUUAGAUUAUGUUUUCUCCAAUGAGUUGUCGUGUAUGUGUGUGAGAUUUUCCUGAGGCAAUGACAUCACCGAUAUGUCAGCAAAACCACUUCAUCUGUCUGCGUAUGUACUGAUCUACUGGUAAUGUUACACGAUUAAGAAGCAAGCUUUUAAAUAUUUCCCCCCCAUCUUUUAUUUUUCUCAUUGUAUCAUGGUUAAAGAUUUUAUAUUCUAACAUUUCAGGUUACAACCUUUGUAAUUUUCUGUGCAUCUCUUUUAAAUACAUUUUAUGUAUUGUUAUUUUUAGUAUUUGUUAAUUAAAAUAAUAUAAAUUUGAA